AUGAUUUCAAUAUUCUUAGUAAUUUCAAUUUAUUUAAUAAACAAAUCAUUUUCUCAAUUAGAUUCAUUUCCGUAUUAUUCAAUACAAGAAAAAUUACCCAUAGCAACAUUAGUUGUCGAUUUAUCAAAAACUCAAAAUUUAUCAUUAUCUGCCGAAUAUUCUUAUUUUGAUCUAACUCAAAUUGGCACAAAACUAUUUUUAUUAGAUAAAUCUCGCAUUUUAACAUCAGUUAUACUCGAUCGUGAUCAAAUGUGUUUGAAACAACAAUGUUCUUGUUUAUCAUGUCAAAUAAGUCUUGAAAUAAUCAUUAAAUUACCUUCUCAUACUAUUUAUGAAACGAUGCAAAUUCGAAUUAUCGAUUUAAAUGAUCAUACGCCAACAUUCACUCAAAAUAAUCAAACAAUUGAAAUCAAAGAAAAUGUACCGUUAGGUUAUCGUGUAGUACUUCCAAUCGCCACAGACGAAGAUGAAGGUGUAAAUAGCGUUCAAUCCUAUGAUUUGAAUGGUUUCGAUUCGUCUGAUUUUGAACUCGAUUAUUCGUCUUUGGAUGCACUUUAUCUUGUUGUUAAACGUCCUCUUGAUCGUGAGAAGAUCUCAUCGUACAAUUUAAAACUGACAGCAUCUGAUUAUGGUAAACCAUCGCGUUCUGGUUUUACACAAUUAAAUAUCCACAUUUUGGAUGUUAACGACAAUGUGGCCCAGUUUAAACAACCCGUUUAUAAUGUUGAUGUCAAAGAAGAUUUGCCUAUUCACUCAAUUCUACUCAAAGUCGAAGCGACAGAUUUAGAUAUCGGUGAAAAUGGACUUGUCCAUUAUCAACUUUUAAACAGUGAACAGUUGCCUUUUACAAUAAAUUCAUCAACAGGCGAGAUAUCUCUGCGUUCACCAUUAGAUUAUGAAACUGUCAGAUUGUAUCGUUUAACUGUAAAAGCUCAAGAUAGUGGUCAAGAUUCAAUGCCAACAUAUGCUACGGUACUCGUCAAUGUACUGGAUUGCAAUGAUAAUCCACCUCAAAUUACAAUCAAAGUUGAAGGUAAUACAACAUUGAGACAAUCCAAAAAUCCACUAAGAACAACUCUAUUCGUUCAGGAAGAUGUGUCUCUAGGUACAACAUUGGCACAUGUUAUUCUGUCAGACAAUGAUUCCUUCGUAAAUGGCAAUCCUUAUUUGCAACUGACCUCUGUUUCUCUUCCAAUUCCGUUUGUUCAUAAAUUACUAUAUGUUAAUGAUGUUAAAAACACAAAACUAUAUGCUCUGGUUCUACAAUAUCCUCUUGAUCGUGAAAUAAAAUCACUCUACGAUAAUAUUGAAUUAAUCGCUCAUGAUUCGGGCACUCCGUCUCUCUCAACUCGUCUCCAAUUAACACUAAAUAUUACCGAUGUAAAUGACUGCAUACCCACAUUUGAGAAGAAAAUAUAUGAAUUUAACGUUGAUGAGAAUAAUCCUAAGGGAUUUCACGUUGGAACAUUGAUAGCAAGAGAUUGCGAUUUGGGAAUGAAUGCUGAAUUCGAAUAUCAUUUAGUUAAUGAAACUGAUGAUCUUUUAAGAAUAAAUUCAACAACCGGAGAAUUAUUUAUAAUGAAAACAAUCGAUUAUGAAUUAUUCAAUAGUACAAAAAAAAUUUCAACUAUUUAUAAUAUGGAAUUUAACGUAAAAGUUAUUGAUCACGGACAACCGCCAUUAAGUAGUGAAGUACGUGUCUUACUUCGUAUCCAUGAUUUGAACGAUAAUGAACCAAUAUUUAAAUCCUUAAAUAAUUACAACUGGACCAUUAAAAGUUCAAAUUUAAAACCGUAUGAUGUUAUUGGUCAAGUGCAAGCAACAGAUGCCGAUUGUGGUCUACAGGGAUUAGUUCGCUACGGCAUAGAACCGCUCUCCUCGAAAGAAGAAUGUCUCGUCUUGGGAAUAACUAAAUCUGGUUUUGUUUAUAUUGUUUCAUCUUCAUGUAUAUUUGAUCAUCAAAGAUUAUUCCGUUAUCAAGUACAUGCUCAUGAUCUAGGAACACCCAUAUCCAAAUCAGCAAUACAGAUCUUAAAUAUUGUGGUUAAUCAAAAUUUAACACCAAAACAUUCAUAUCCACAAUUAGUAUCUGAUAUGGCACUUCUUAGUAGACAAGAAAAGGUUUUUGUGUCAACUGUUACUGAUUUAGCACAAGUAUUUGUAAAUAAUGUUUUAUUUAUUGUCAAUGUUGAUAUUAUGAAUUAUUCUCUACCUGAAAUUCGUGUCCAAAAUGCUUCAUCAUCUUACUGGACUAUCACUUUGGAUGGGCAAGUUUCAAUUGUUGGUCUACCAGUAUCAAGUUCAACUACUUUUGAUAUUCUCGUCAUUGACAUUUUCAAUUCAUCGUAUUGGACUCAAAUUUCUAUUCAAAUAGAAUUGUGUAAUAGUUCGAUUGCACGUUCAUGUGAAUAUGCUCAACAACGAUUAGUUCGUAAUUUUCAAUCACUCGAUAGUACAGCAGUAAUUCGCGAUCAAUCUCAUCUAUUAUCAUGGGCAAUUGGACUUGCUCUGUUGAUGACAUUCGUAUUUAUCGGAAUAUUUUCAAUGAUUACAUGUUUAUGUUGUCGAAAACAUCAAAAACAACAACACCAUGCAACACAUCAACAAAAUCAAUUUUUACAAUGUAAUGAUGAUUCUAACAGUGAAAAGACUGAAAGUUCAAGUGAUCAAUUUAAAACAUCUUCCGUAUCGACAACCCUUCCAGAUAUGAGUGGUGAUUCAAUUCAGAUAAUAAAUCGUCAAACGUCAUCUUUAUCCUCCUCAUCUCCCUCUCAAUGGGCCUAUUCACUAGUUCGACAAGCAAAACCUUCACAAACAGACUCUCGUUAUUGUAGAGAAUCAACUGUUCAACUUUACAAUGAACAAAAACCGUCAUAUUUCUAUGAUAUAAAACUAGCUGAAUUAUUAAAAAAACAAAAUCCACAAUGUUUGCAUUUACGCUCUCCACCCGUACCUCCACUAUCAGUUUCUCUCACUACAAGUACAGACUAUGGUUGUUUUGGUAGUUCAGAUUUAUCAUCUGAAGACACAUCGAUUGAAAAUCGUCAUCAAAUAUCACAAGAUAGUUUUCCGUUUAGUUUGAAUUCUGACUGGGGAAUUGAAAUGACUAUUGAUAAUCUUAAUUCGUCAAAAAAUCAGUUUAUAUCGACAAAAGAGUGUGUUGUAUAA